AAUUUUUCCAAGUGACAUCUCUAUGUGAAAACAGGAAUACCGACGGUUUGACGCUGUGAAACGUCAUAAAUUCAAAAUUUCAAAUGAUCGAAUGAUUAAAGUGACAUUAGUGAACCCCGGUCAAUUGCGAUUGUGGGAAAAGUUGUCUGUGAUUGCGAGUGUGUGUUACCUCUUUUUUUUUUCUUUCGAUUUCAGCGAACGUCAUACUUUUUGAAUAAAAGUCCCAACAAAACGGUUUAUAAUAUUAGGGUUUUUAGCGAUCGGAAAAAACGAUUAUUAUAAUAGUGAGAAAAAUUCAUCGGAAAGUGAAAAAUAAUUUUAUUAACGCGCAUAUGUUAUCGAAUUAUUAUCAGUUGAGGAAAAGUAACCGAAAGGGAAAAAGAGAGGUAAAACUUGUCAUGGAAUCCACCAUCGCUCUAUAGAUAUUCGCAACAUGGCGAUCGUUUGAUUGUGUACAGAUGGCUGAAUCGACAGGAAAACAAAGAGAGAGAAAAGUAGCGUGGAGAAAGAGGGUGAGCAAAGUUUGAUUGAAGGAGACGAAAGUUUAUUUUUUUUAUUUUGAAAACUUUCUGCCUUUAUAGAGAAGUCAUAACGAGAGUGUGAGUGAAUUUCUCAGUAAUUGCUUGAAUAAAAGGCACCUCGUUUCAAUAAACAUAUAAAUAUAUAAUUAUACAGUGGGUCUUGUUUUUCAUUUAAAAAGUAAAAACUCCCACUUGAGGCUUUUUUAUACUUGUUUAUUAUUGACUAUGUAUCACGUCACAUUGUCACCUCACGCAAUGGUGCAGUUAAUGGGUGGCCAACAAGCUGGUGGACCAUGUUUGCCAAUUCAAAAUCACACAACAUAUUAUAAUGGUGCAAAUCAUUUGCAUCAAACAGAGUACACUCAGUAUGUUCCUGAUGCUUCUAAUCCUAGCAGGCAUCAUAUUGUUCAGACUUCUCCUCUACAAGUAGGAUCACAUCCAAUUGAAUUAAUUCAACGAAUGGGUGUAGACGUCCAACAGUUUCGUCGUGCAAAUUACAAUAUGCAUGGAAAUGGCACGGCAAAUAAUAGUUGGCCCAAGCGAAUAAACCAUUCAAAUAAUGUACCCACAAUGCCUCCUCCGCAUCUUAAUUUUCGACCAGCGAGCACAGGUUCGAUAAAAAGGACAAAUUGGAAUAAUAAAGGAAAACGAAAUCUACAUCGAGAUUCAUUUUCGCAAAAGGAACUCUAUAAUAGCGACAGUGGCUUUUCUUCACGUUCACCAACGCCGAAUAAACAUCAGAAUGAUAGCAGUUUAACUGAAAGUUCUGAUGAACGCGAUUCCAUUAAUUCUUUAGGAGAACAAGGAACUAAGCGUCUUCAAGAGGUACACACAAUUAGCCAUAUGCAUAAUUCAAAUAGUAUUAAUCGCGGAAGUUUAAUUUCAAACACUUCUGUCCAUCAAUAUUGCCAAAGCCAACGUCCUGUCAAUUAUUACAAUAAUUCUAUCCAAGUACCUAGAGCACCAGUACAAAAUUAUCAAAACAAAAGGAGAUAUUCUGGGAGGAACAGUCCUCCACAGCAAAGAACUCAAAGAAACAGAAAAUUUACGGGAAUGAUGACACAGACAUUUACCUUUGUUCCGCGAUAUGUAAUUGGUCCAGAUAGAUUUUUAGAGAAAGCACAUUACAUGGAAGUCACUCAAAGGCCGGAUAACUUAACUACAAAUUCAGUGUGGGACAAUCUUUCUGUGGAUGUCUGGGAAAAAUUCAUCUCCAAUCAGCAAACAAAUGCAACCUACAUCAACAAGAUGAUGCUCUGGAAAUAUUUGUACUUUUUUAUAAAAUCUGAAUUUCCAAAGUAUGGCUUGUUUUUGGUGGGUUCGACAAUGAAUGGUUUUGGUUCUGAAAGUAGUGACGUAGAUAUGUGUCUUUUAAUCAAACACACAGAAAUGGAUCAAAAGAACGAAGCUAUUUAUCAUUUAGAUCACAUAUUGAGAAGCUUGAACAGAUGCGAUUUCAUCAAGAAUUUGGAACUGAUUCAAGCAAAAGUCCCAAUUCUCAAAUUUCAUGACUCAUUACAGAAGCUAGAUGUCGAUUUGAACUGCAAUAACUCGGUUGGCAUUAGAAACACCCAUUUAAUGUACUGUUAUUCACGAAUCGACUGGAGAGUGCGACCUCUGGUUCUCGUUGUGAAGCUUUGGGCACAAUGCCAAAAUAUUAACAACGCUAAAAACAUGACCAUUUCAAGUUACUCGCUAGUACUUAUGGUCAUCCACUUUUUACAAUGUGGAUCAACUCCUGCUGUCUUGCCAUGUUUGCAUUCUAUUUAUCAAAACAAAUUCAGUCCAAACUCUGACCUACAUUCGAUUGACAUCCAUGAGGACUUACAUAUACCAGUUCACGAGCUGCCAUCUCCGAAUCAUCAAAGUGUUGGAGAGCUUCUGGUUCAAUUCUUCAAAUAUUACACCACGUUUGAUUUUAGCCAGUAUGCAAUUUCCGUGAGACUUGCGAAAAAAAUCCCAAUUGAAGAUUGUCGAAGGGUGCGUUCUUUUAAAAAUGAUCCCCAUCAGUGGAAAUAUCUCUGUAUUGAAGAACCCUUCGAUCUGACGAACACGGCAAGAUCCGUUUACGAUCCAGAAGUCUUCGAAAGGAUAAAGCAAAUCUUCCGGGUAAGUUAUCAACGACUAAAUGAAACUCUCCAACUGUCCAGCGUCUUUGUAAAGCUCGACAUUAAAGCCAAAACAUCACUCGUCACAACGUAAUAACGUGCUGUGAAUUAGGACAUUAGUUAGCAGAAUUGUAUAUUUAAAAAAGAGAAACGGAAGAAAAGAAAAGUUUUAAAAAAACGUCACUACUGUAAAAUGUGUGCGUUUUUUUAUAAACGUCUUACAAUUAAAAGUGAUUUAGGGUACGAGUAUUAGAAGACACAAAGACUUGGGCUUCGCAUAAUAAUGAAAAUUAGUGCCAAAAUCCAUGAUAUAUUGUUGAUCUAAAACGAAAAAAAAACUUGGACUAUCUUGUUUUCUUCUCUCCAUUAAUUCGAGAGAGGAAACAAACUCUUUUUCACAAGAAAUCACUAGUUAUGAGCGUAAGGGAAAAAAAAAAUCUUAAAAAACUAGUGAUUCUCUAGUUUCGAAAAAAUGCUGGCGUAUGAGAUAUGUUAACAUCUUUUUUAAAAAUCUUGUGCAAUAGAUUUUCUCCUGCGGCAACAUUAAUCUAGUACAAAUUGUGAGAGAAAAAUUAGAGGUGCUAUUAAUUUCCCAAUGACUGUUUUGAAUAUAAAAAUCUUAAAAUAUUUCAAAACAGGAGGAUGAGGAGAAAAAAUAGUAAUAUAUCUAGUACAUUAAAAAAUGAAAAAAAAAAUAUAUAUAGGACAAUGAAAAUUCAUUUAAAAAAAAUAUUAAAACCGGUUUUAAAGCAUAUAUAUAUAGGGAGAGAGAUCGUUUAAAAAUAAUAAAAAAAAAAUACAGAAUCACGACUUUAAUGAAACAAUAAUGAAUUUGAAAAAUUAAGGGUAUUAUUUUUUUCGCCUAACACUAGGAAUGAUAAAAGUGCUAACGAGUAAUUCUUCAACGAAAAAAGAAACGUAACAAGGUGCCUUCUUAUUAUUUAUUUCAAACUUCAUUUUCCGGAGAAAACGAAAAAAAAAAUAAAAUCUGGGGAAACACAAUUAUGACAAGACUAUUAACCAAAAAUGAAAUACAAAAAGUAUAAUCAGUGUUUAAACUGUUGGGAAUAAUAUUGAAAUAAAAAAAAAUAUCGGUUUAGUCGCUACUUUACAUAUCGUUUUGAUAUAUAAUUUUUUUGCCGUUAAUUUCUCAAGGAAUAUUAUUAUCUGUUUUAUGUAUAUUUAAAUGUACACAAAUUUUAAUAUCGUUAUUCAGUUUUUUUUUUUUUUUUUUGAGGAAAAUGCCUUUUCUGGCAUGGUUAAACGUAAUUUUUUUUUUCAAUUAACUUUUGCUGUUUUUUCUUCUGAAAAACGUCAUUUUUUGAGAUUAAUAAUUAGAUAAAAAAUAAAAAUAAAGUAUAAAAAAAAAUAUUGAAAAAAAGUUUAACCAAAAAAGAACAAAAAAAAUCCGUGUAAAAAAUGUCAACUGUAUUUGUUAUUUAAGUUUUGUAGUAUUAUUUUCUAAGUGUGACGGAUGUGUAAAAGCGAUGAUUAUUAUAAUUAUUAUUAUUAUGAAUGUUGAUGAGUGGGUUUAUUCUUACUUGGAUAUUCAAAGAAAAAAAAACAACAACUCGUAAAUUAUUGUCAACAAAAAUCGUCUAGAUACGAUUUGUAAACAUCUUAAAAAUUUGGCAGCCUUUUUUACUAUCCGGCGGCUACUUAUUGGAAUUUCUGAGAUUCAGGAAAAUCACUUUAUAUACAACAUCGAAAUAGAAAUAUUUCGACUGUUAAUAACGCUCGAAUGAUUUAAAAGUCAUUUCCAAGCGAAAAAACAAACCUACGAGCAGUUCAAUUUUCGUUAAAUUGUACCAAAAAAAAGUUUAUUAGUAAUUUAAUUUCUUAAUUAUAAUCCAUUAAUAUUAUAAAAUCUUAAAGAAAAAAAAUUUUCAAAAUCGGUAAAAAUUCAUAAAAAAUUUAUAAAAAAUAAAAAACUUUAAAAAUACAAUUAAUAACAUUUUUUCUAAUAAAAAUAAAUUGUUUCUUUUGUAAAAAAUUAAAAAUUAAAUUGUUCUGCUCGUAAUCUCAUUAAGAGAUUAAAAGAAACAGAAAAAAAAAAUAAAAAAAAAACAUUAGUCUGCACAUUCCUAAAUCUCAAGAAGUGUAACAACAUCUAGAGAGGCUCUUUAAAAAUUUUUUGAUUUUCUUCCAUAAAACAAAAAAAGUUCCUAUUGUAUAAUCAAAAUCAAAAAAGGACCUCUCUAAUAUAGUGCUUUUUUUGAUUGCAAUGUUUAGAAAUUUAUAUAUAUGUAGAUAGUAUACUCUAAAUGCGAGCGGAAAUUGUGUUUAUUUUUUUUAUCACACAAAAUUUCCGCUCACUAGUCCUUUUUUCGCUAUUUUUUUUUUUUUUUUUUUUUUUUUUUUUUGAUAAACUUUAACGUGAUAAUAAAGCAUUUAAUGUUUGUGGGAGAUGAAAUUUUGAAGGGGGAAAAUGUGGCUGUGCAGGCAGUAUGAAAAAUAUUUCUCCAUUAAUAACUUAAGAAAAGGAGAAGAAAAAAAAUAUUUAAAAAAAUUAAUUUAAAAAAAAAUUAAAAAAUCCUAAAAAAAAGUCCAAGGACCUGCGUGAUAAAAGAUAAUUCUUGUGUUUCGCACUUGGCAAAUUUAGUUGAUGAACUUAAAAAAAAUGAUAAGAACUUCUAUUCGCGAAAUUGAUGUAACCUGAAGUUUGCUCAAUUAACUUGUUUACGCGCGAUAUUUAUUUUGUCGUAUUUUCUUCGACGGAUUAAUUUUUGUAAAAAAAAAAUCUAAAAUUUCUUUUUUGAAAUACUCUUAAUGGCGUUGCACAAUUCGCGCAGAUCCCAAUGACCUGUGAUUUAAUUAAAGAGGUGAAUGUGCGAAAACGCAAUUUCAAAAAAUAAAAAACAUCCCAAAAAAAAUUUGUAAAAAAGAAA